CGAACCGCUUAGGGAAGCAGUAACUCCGUUUUAUAGACAAUGACGGUUAGCGAGAAUUUUACAGCGCCAGAAGUGUCCGAGGAGCAACGGGCUCAUAACAAUCUGAUGAUGGUCGUGGCGACCUUGACCUGGCUGCUGCUCAGCUUCAUAACCCUCCUGAUCUACUGCUGCAACUAUUGGCAGAUCCUGCGGCCGCACUGGCGCCGCCAACGCGAGGAGUUCGAGAUGCACCAGCAGAGCACUCUGCUGCGCGUCUCCGUUGACGAUUAGCCGGGAAACAAAGGGAACCUUUUGGAGGAGGAGGAACCAGCAGCUGUCGGCGAUCAGCCAGGGUCCUGACACUGGCCAUAUGCCUCGGUGCCAGCAGCUUCCAUUUCCAUUUUCCAUUUCCGCUUCCGCCAAGUUAAUUCCACACGACAACAGCCAAACAAAAGCGAAAAAAUAUC